AUGCCCGGAAACUCAAACGUAGGCAACUCCAGUGUCUACGAAGCUGGUGACCAGCGCAAUGUCAAAGAGUCGGAGCGUGACGAGGCUACGAAAUAUGAACAAGGCCAGCCUGGCGCACAUCUGCUGAAUGAUCCUAAGGAUCAAAGAUCCAUUUCCAACCGCGCGGCUGCAGAAAAGAAACAGCAAGGAUCUGAAGACGAUUUCGAGACUGCUGCGCUCAAGAAGGAUCCGACUCUUCCUGCCAGGUUACACGGCAAUGAGCCAUCCAAAGGAGCCAAGAUUGAUGCACAGAUUGCUGCUGAAGAAGAGCAAGAGUUAAAGAACAAGGGAAAGGCGUGA